ACUUUUCCAAGUGCGAUCAGCUCCCGUCCGACCCACAUCCCGCCCCCAUGGACCUGCCCCGGAGCACCCACUGCUGAGGAGCAGAUGCCUGGCGGGCUCCGGGCUGGGUUGCACCCUGCCACCGCACAGUGACCGCCCGCGGGUGGUGCAGGCUCCGCGCCCUUCUUCCAGCCGCGCUCGCCGUCGGGCGAGGGCUCCGCCGCCGCCACGCCUCGCGCCCCGCGCUGCCCGCCCCAUGCUGGUGCACACUUACUCCGCCAUGGAGCGCCCCGACGGGCUGGGCGCAGCGGCCGGCGGGGCCCGCCUGUCAUCACUGCCCCAGGCGGCCUACGGGCCGGCGCCGCCGCUGUGCCACACGCCCACCGCCGCCGACUUCCAGCCGCCCUACUUCCCCCCGCCCUACCCGCAGCCGCCGCUGCCCUACGGCCAGGCGCCCGACGCCGCCGCCGCCUUUCCCCACCUGGCCGGGGACCCGUACGGCGGCCUGGCGCCCCUGGCGCAGCCGCAGCCUCCGCAGGCCGCCUGGGCCGCGCCCCGCGCCGCCGCCCGCGCCCACGACGAGCCGCCCAGCCUGCUGGCGCCGUCCGCCCGCGCCCUGGGCCUCGACCCGCGCCGCGACUACGCCGCUGCUGCUGUGCCGCGGCUCCUGCAAGGCCUGACCGAGGGCGCGCACGGCCUGGCAGACGCGCCCCUUGGCCUCCCCGGGCUGGCGGCCCCGCCGGGCCUGGAGGACCUGCAGGCCAUGGACGAGCCGGGAAUGAGCCUCCUGGACCAGUCGGUGAUCAAGAAAGUCCCCAUCCCCUCCAAAGCCAGCAGCCUUUCAGCCCUCUCAAUGGCCAAAGACAGCUUGGUUGGCGGCAUCACGAACCCCAGUGAGGUCUUCUGCUCCGUGCCUGGCCGGCUCUCUCUGCUCAGCUCGACGUCCAAGUACAAGGUGACGGUGGGGGAGGUCCAGCGGCGACUCUCACCUCCCGAGUGCCUCAAUGCCUCUCUCCUGGGUGGUGUCCUUCGCAGGGCCAAGUCCAAGAAUGGAGGCCGGUGCCUGCGCGAGCGGCUGGAGAAGAUUGGGCUCAACCUGCCAGCUGGCCGUCGCAAGGCCGCCAACGUGACCCUGCUGACUUCACUAGUAGAGGGAGAGGCCGUACACCUGGCCCGAGACUUUGGCUACGUCUGUGAGACCGAGUUCCCCGCCAAGGCAGCUGCCGAGUACCUGUGCCGACAACACGCCGACCCCGGGGAGCUGCAUGGCCGCAAGAGCAUGCUGCUGGCUGCCAAGCAGAUCUGUAAGGAGUUUGCAGACUUGAUGGCGCAGGACCGCUCACCGCUGGGCAACAAUCGCCCAGCGCUCAUCCUGGAGCCGGGAGUGCAGAGCUGUCUGACACACUUCAGCCUCAUCACCCAUGGUUUCGGCGGGCCCGCCAUCUGUGCUGCCCUCACUGCCUUCCAGAACUACUUACUGGAGUCACUCAAGGGGCUGGACAAGAUGUUUCUAAGCAGUGCGGGCAGUGGGCACGGUGACAGCAAGGCGUCAGAGAAGGAUGCCAAACAUCGGAAGUAACCGCUUGCCCCACCCCAUCCCUAAGGGGCUCCCAAGAUCUGAAAUGAGGUCUUUCCUCCUGGGGGUGGGCCUGAAAGCAUUCAAAGGUGGGGCUGGAGUCAGACCAGAAAAAGAACAUUCCUCCAGAAACCCAUGAGUUAGGGAUCUGGGUUGGAGUAAGGGGAAGUGACCUCUGUGUUGUUAAGUUGAGCACCCCGGUGUUUGCCUCCUGUGUGCAAUUUUCUGACCCUUGACUGCUGAGAAGGGUUUGAAGAGGAGGUUGGCACAGAAAAGCCUGGUUCUUGGGGCCAGUGCUGCCCAUGAGGGCGCCUGGGCAGUGAUGGGUAUCCCCAGGGGCCAAGGCCUUGCUGUUUUUACUGAGACCAGGAGGGAAAUGAACCAACCAGAGGUGCUACUGAGGAGCUGGUGUGCAUCUCAGUCUCCUACCCCCAGAAAAGGGGUGCUGGCUGAAGGCCCCAGUGGAUUCUUUGGAUCGCUGCCACUCUUCUAAAGAAGUGGGCAGGAGGGGCCCUCAAGGAACAGGGAAGAUAAAGCACAAAUUGGGUAACUUGAGUCCAGGCUGCACUUCAGUGCUGUUGCUGUCUGUCCUAUUUAUUUAUCAUUAAAGUUUAAAAAUGUCCAGCGCAGCUUGUUUAUCCCAGUGAGCUGAGGACUCUUGUUUCACUGUCUUCUGCUCGUGCACCAAGACGUGCAGCUACACUAGGAUGGAGAGGGUGUUUUUGCUCGCUAAGGGCUAUGGGUGGGCUGGGAGGGAAGGAAGAUGUCAGGGACUCUGAGGUUGUGGCUGAGAUUUUGUUUUUUACGGUUGUUUCUCUUGACCCUGCAGUCAGUGUACCUCUCCAGCUCUCAGACUGCGUUCUCAUUCUCUUAAUAAAACCUUUCACUGGA